AUGUCGGCCGGUUGGUUUUCUCAACCAUGCUCAGAGAUUGAGGAUAGGAUCUUUAGGUAUUGCCCAUGCUCAUUGGCAUUUCAACAAGAGAAAGAGAAGAAGAAGACCCAAGCAAAAGCUGACACCGCCGAGAAGGAAAAUCCUCCCGCCGACAUUAUUAAGAGAGAGAGCUCAGCCAAAUCUGCCAAUGCAAAUUCUGGGCGGGGCGAGAAAAGGCCCAACGCCCCCAUCCAAGCUUAA